GAGCUUCCUCUGUUUCUGAUCCACACCGUCUCGGCUUCGCAGACGGGGAUUCGGCGGAACCUCAUGGAGUGCCUGAUAGUCAGAAAGAUAGGGGAUCCUCCUCUGGCUUAUACCUCCGUGUCGGAGAACAACAAUGGAUGGGCCUUUACACUCCGCGAGUUGAUGCAGUACGCCGGCAACGUGACCUUGGACGAUUUCAAUGAAGGAAAUGUGGUUCCGGUAAGGCCUGGCACGAAGAUUCGCUACCGCCACACGGGUUUCAUCCUGACCCUGCGGUUCCGCUAUUGGAAUUACCAG